AUGACCGUGCCAAUUCAAACCAAUAUCGACCCAAGGGCCCAGGUUCAGGCCCACCUGUCCCAAUACAAGGGUGACAAGUAUGUCGAGGGCUGGGCGUCCCUCUGGGACAAGGGCGACAAGCUGCCCUGGGACCGGGGAUUUCCGAACCCUGCUUUCGAAGACACGCUUGUGAAACAGCGCCCUACCCUUGGCGCACCCGUUGUGACCGAUGCACAGGGCCAGUCGUACAGACGGAAGGCGCUUGUUCCGGGCUGCGGGAGAGGUGUGGAUGUCCUCUUGCUUGCGAGCUUUGGUUUCGAUGCCUAUGGCCUCGAGUACAGUGCCGGUGCUAUCGAGGCCUGCAAGAAGGAAGAGAAGGAUAAUGCCAAUUGGUACCGGGUUCGGGACCAGGCUGUUGGCAGUGGGAAGGUCACUUGGGUCCAGGGUGACUUUUUCGAUGAUGCUUGGUUGGAAAAGAUUGGUGUACCCUUGAAUAGCUUUGAUAUUAUUUAUGAUUACACGUUCUUCUGUGCUCUGGAGCCAUCAAUGCGACCCAAGUGGGCGCUCCGACACACCCAACUUAUGUCCCCUUCGCCAGCGGGCAACUUAAUCUGCCUUGAGUUCCCCCGUCACAAGGAUCCCCAAGCACCGGGUCCGCCAUAUGGGUCCUCAUCAGAAGCAUAUGUGGCACACCUGAGCCACCCCGGCGAGGAAGUGCCGUAUGAUGCCAAGGGCAUCGUCAAGCACGAUCCUCUGCGGGCACCGAGCGAAGGUGGCUUGGAAAGAGUGGCACACUGGCAACCUGAGCGCACGCACGAGGUUGGCCAGGGCGAGAACGGGGUGAUCCAUGACCGAGUCUCGAUCUGGCGUCGUCGUAACUAG